CUCUCUUGGCUCUGUUCUCUCAUAAAAACUGAAGGCAAGGGCCUGCCUCUAUACUCACCACCACCGCCGACAAGAAACAGACCUCCCUCGUACCAUUUAAUUCAAACAUUUUCGUUAAUUUGAAAUUUGGGUUCUUGAGGAAGUUGUUAGGAUUCUCUCAAUAUAUGGCUUCUACUGUGAGAGAAGUAGUUGAUCGGAUCAAAGGUCCAUGGAGUCCUGAAGAAGACGAGGCGUUACAAAGGCUGGUGCAAAGCUAUGGCCCCAGAAACUGGUCCUUGAUAAGCAAAUCGAUUCCAGGGCGAUCUGGAAAGUCGUGCCGGUUGCGAUGGUGCAACCAGCUUUCCCCUGAGGUCGAACACAGACCUUUUUCACCUGAAGAAGACGAAACCAUUACCCGGGCCCAUGCUCGUUUCGGCAACAAGUGGGCCACCAUCGCUCGCCUCCUCAAUGGCCGCACAGAUAACGCCAUAAAAAACCAUUGGAACUCCACUCUCAAGCGAAAAUGCUCCUCCUUCUCUGACGACUUAAGCGACGAUACACCUGCCCAACAGCCUCUCAAAAGAUCCGCCAGCGUAGGUGCGGGUGCGGUUUCGGGUCUUCAAUUGAACCCGGGCAGUCCUUCCGGAUCCGAUAUCAGCGAUUCCAGCUUGCCCGGUAUGGGUUCUUCUCCAGUUUACAGGCCUCUGGCGAGAACGGGUUCCCUUGGCCAGCCGGGUCUUUCAAUCGAUGCUGCCUCUUCUACUACGGAUCCGCCGACAUAUUUAAGCCUCUCUCUUCCUGGAUCCGAUUCUUGCGAAGCCUCAAAUCAAGUAUCUGUUUCCGGGUCAGGAUCCGGAUUGAAUCAGGGAGGAAACCCGACACAUGUUGUACAAACUCGGGUGGUGCCGCCAACUGCUGUGCCGGUGCAGCAAGCUGCAGAUGUACAACAGAACGGAGUUAGGUUUGAGAAUCAGUUUUUCAGUCCUCAGUUUUUGGCAAUGAUGCAGGAGAUGAUAAGGGAGGAAGUGGGAAGAUACAUGUCUGGUAUUUAGCAUAAUGGGCUGGGAUUGCAAACUGAAGCCAUAAGGAACGCCGUGGUUAAGCGUAUUGGGAUUUAGCAUAAACGAGUAGACAGAGUAGUGUCUGUUGAUAUUAAGGUAAUUGAGCCGUCAUUUAAAAAAAAAAAAGAAAGGACCGAGCUGAGUCGACUCAGCAAGAAUCCGAGAGAGAGAUAAGAGAAGUGGACGGGAAAUGGUCUUUGUUUAAUUAAGUUGCUUUAAUCGUUCAUCGUUGAUUUAUACAGAAACAAUAAUUUUGGUAGUGUACAGAGGAACAAAUUGGUAUUUUAAAGGGUUGGAGGAGAAGACGAUCUCUGAUAAACUUUUAAAAAAAAUCUCUCGAUUUUUAUAU